AUGAUGUUACUAACUGAAAAACGUCGUCUAGCACUAUUAGAAGAAUCUCUAUGCCGUUCGAAUGCAUUAACCAGUGGUAUGGUUGCCACUUUAGAUAAUUUCGAGCGCAAAUUAAAAUCGUUAGAUGAACUUGUCACACCUGUCUAUGAGGCCACUAAUGAACUACGUUUAUUGUUGAAUAAUGUCGAUCAGAGUUUGUCAUUGGUUGAUUCGGUUCUACAUUACUAUGAUAUUUGUGGUGAAUUAACGCAAACCGUUUCAUCGGGUCCUGGUGGAGACUUAACGGAUUAUCUAGCGGAAUUAGAUCGUUUAGAAGAUGCGGUGAAAUAUUUCAAACGUGUUACAGCAGUAGCGGAACGCGAACGUGUGACACAGUUGUACGAUGUUGGCAGAAAACGGCUCGUCGACGAAACGGAUAAACUCAUUUUAAGAUACGCAAAUCCUUUAUCAUCGAAAGAAAUCAUGGAAUUGUGUGAAGCAGCUUCGACAGGAACUCAUAUCGAUAUUCAUUCCAUGCAAGAAGCAGACAUGGCAACGUUGAGAGCAAUCAUUGAAUGGUUUAGUUCACAUGGCUUUCGACAAGGUCUGAUUGAUUCGUACGCAACGAAACGUGGUACCAUGAUACGGCGAUCGAUUCAACUUUUGGAAGAACAUUUGAGAAAAACUUCCAUUCGACGUGGUUCAACUAAUCUACUGUCUGCUAGUCCGAAUAUAUCUCAACAUGGUUAUUCAGGCUCACAUACACUACGCAAACAAGGAGGCAAAUUAGGACGGUUUUUUACACCAGAAAUGGGCCGCCGUUUAAUUCGUUCUCCAGCUGCACCGACUUUACCGCGUGGCAUAAACGCUUCUCUAUCCAGUUCUAUAUCAGCUAUCGAUGAUGGUAUGACAUUUGAAUCAAGCGAUGAUCGUGACACAGCUAAUUACAAAUAUUUACUCGAUGCAUUUAUUGCGCUUCUACAACGUGAUCGUGAUCUUUUGAAUUAUGUAUUUCCAAAGGAAUUACAAUCACUUGUGUUUACUAAACUAAUUGAAUUACCAUUGGUUUACAUGCGCGAAGAAGCACAGAGUUUAUGUGAAUCGAUUGAACGAUUACCACACAAGUUAGAUACCGGAAAAUUUGCUGUGUAUGGUAUUUUUUCCAUUUUGAAAUGGUUCUUAAAAUCUCGACCAACGUUUUCGAAACUCUAUCAAGAAAGUGACAUUGCUCGACGACAACAGUUUACUACACUGUCAGCUACUUUCGAGCAAUCGGCUGUCGCUUGUUUACGAGGAAUACUUGACGAGGUUCGACUGGACACUUCGCCGCCUAGUCAAGGCGGUAAUGUUCAUCCUUUGACAUCGCAUGUGUUGGCUUUUAUGGAAGGUUUACUUGCUUACGAAGAUACAGCAACUAUCAUUGCUUCGAUCUAUGUCGAACAAGAGCAAGGAACUAGUAAUAUCGCUCCAUCUGGCACCGAAAAAGGUCUUUAUGAUUUGGGAACGUAUUUCACUCAAUUAGUUCGUUGGUUGCACACAAGUCUUGCUAAGAAAACUGAUGGUUACCCUUCACGUCAUGACACAACUAUUCGUGCAAUUUUUCUCUUGAACAAUGUAAAUUAUCUUCUUAAACGUCUGGAAAACUCACCUAUACUUGUAAUCAUUCAGCGUUGUCAAUCCGAUUUAAAAUGCAAAUAUGAAGAUGAUUUUCAAAUGAGUCUGAAAGAUUACACCAAAUGUUAUACUCCGCUGAUAAUUGCUAUUCAACAAAUGCUUGAAUAUGAUAAUGUCAAUCGUUUAUCCGAUGGAAAAUUACGUGAUCGUGAUCGCGAACAGCUGAAAGAAAGUUUUGCGUCGAUCAACUCAGCGAUUGAUAAUUUACGUCAACAAUGUCAAGAAUAUAUUGUUAGUGAUGUUGGUUUACGUGAUCGCUUGCGCAAUGAAGGAAAAAAGUUAAUCUUAGAAAUGUAUAAAACUUAUUACACUAAAUUCGCCAAUAAAGACUUUACUAGACAUCGCGAGAAAUAUAUUCGUUAUGAUCCAACAGUACUCGAAUUAACUAUUGAUAAUUUUUUUGAACAUCGUUUGUAA